AUGACUGGAAUCUGGGUGGCUGUUUAUGAUCUUGCAAGUUGUGAUGGAGCUUUGAGAAAGGAAGACAAUUUUGUGAGAGGCCGCAGAAGACGAGAGGAAGGGGCCGAGGAGCAGCAACAAGAAGAGGAGUUUGUAAAAGAGAGUAUGGAUUUUGUUGAAGGCGGUGGCGGGUUAGAGGUGAAGAUAGUUCGAACGAAGGAGGAGUUGCAGUGGCUAAUGAUUCACCUGAAGAGCAAUGUAGGGAAAAGAUUAGAGGAUGUUUUGGCUGAAAUUGGGAGAGGAAGAGGGAAAGUUGAAGCUUGGAAACCUUAUCUGGAGAGUAUCAUGGAGGGCCCUGAAACACUUGAGAUUGAUAGAUGA